UCGCACCAGCCUUAGGAACAGGAAAGUUAAGAAGUUUACCCGAACAACGGACAGCAACCUAGCAGCUGGCGGGGUCGGCGCGGACUUGAGCUUCGGCACUACGGAAUAUACCUAGGAGACUUGGGGUGCUUGGGGAGGACCGAGUCUGGCCCGCCGGCUCAGCAGUGUCCGAGACAAGUGCACAAGCGUCACUGACUAUCAGCCAGGAGUCAGAGAGGAGCAGCCUGCACGAAAUCUACUGGGACAAGCUGUUCAGGAGAACAACAAACAACGCCCCGACAUCAAGAGUGAUCUUGAACUGCUUUAGCUUGUUACAAGUCCAGAGCAUGAAUGCAUCAUGCAUGCGGUAGUGACUGCGCUUGAGCCCAGCCUCAAAGGGACUCCAACCGCCAUCACACUCCAGCCGUCGCAACCGCCUAGCUCUGCCUGCGGGCGUACAUCUAGGUCAGACCAGUGUCCACAGAUGAAACAUUACCAACAUGAUCUAUGGGGCGAAUCUUUGAGUACAGUAAAAUACAGUACCUAAAUGCUAAGAAUUCUUGGGCCCUCUACUACCGUCAUCGAAUGCUAUACCUGUCCUCGCACGGGAUUUUGCGGGAACCCACGUCAACGCUGGUCUUCAAAUUGGGGAGGUUUUAGGUCCUCAAUUCUGGCCCGGUGAAAGUCUAAUCGAGAGGAUCAGCAUGGAUGGCGCCUCCGCCAGCAAUCAACCGCACACUUUCAGAGAUGAAAGAGCUCAAACAGUAACAACUACAAUGACGGGUCCCCCCUUACACUCAUCUCGAGGAGCACGAGGGGCAGGCAGAGAAUAAUGAUACAGGAAGCAAAAUUGGAUUCUUCAUUACCGGGCAAAUAAUUUAUCGCUCACCG